GGUCCGUUAUUUUCCGGGUUGCGCCGCUGCUGGGAGGUUUAUCCUGCUGCAGCUGCCAGCUGACACUCACCGAGGAGGUGAGGUCGUGUCUCUCUCUCUCCCUCUCCCUCUCUCGGUGUCUCUCUGCCGUCAGUCCGGGACUGAGGCCGCUAACUAGCCGCAUCAUCAUCAUCAUCAUCAUCAUCCUCCUCCACAUCGUCAUCAUCAUCAUCAUCAUGGCGGAUCAAGGCGAAUCCACGGCUCCGGUCCUCCACCCGCAGCCGGCGCCGGCGACCAGCUGGCCGAUCACCCGGGAAUCGUACGAGCUGCAGGAGGUGAUCGGCAGCGGGGCCACGGCUGUGGUGCAGGCCGCCUUGUGCACCCCCAGACAGGAGCGCGUGGCCAUAAAGAGAAUCAACCUGGAGAAAUGCCAGACCAGCAUGGACGAGCUGCUGAAAGAAAUCCAAGCCAUGAGCCAGUGCAACCAUCCCAACGUCGUGACGUACUACACCUCCUUUGUCGUGAAAGAUGAACUGUGGUUAGUCAUGAAGCUCCUGAGCGGAGGCUCGAUGCUGGAUAUAAUUAAGCACACAAAUAAAGAAGAAGACAAAAGUCGAGCAGCUCUGGACGAACCCAUUAUUGCCACUAUAUUAAAAGAAGUCCUUGAGGGACUGGACUAUCUGCACAGAAACGGACAGAUCCACAGGGAUGUGAAAGCUGGGAACAUACUACUGGGAGAGGACGGGUCCGUACAGAUCGCAGAUUUUGGCGUGAGCUCGUUUCUCGCCACCGGAGGUGACAUGACCAGAAACAAAGUCCGAAAGACUUUUGUGGGCACGCCCUGCUGGAUGGCGCCGGAGGUGAUGGAGCAGGUUCGAGGCUACGACUUCAAAGCAGAUAUUUGGAGUUUUGGGAUCACGGCCAUCGAGCUGGCGACGGGCUCCGCGCCCUACCACCGCUACCCCCCCAUGAAAGUUUUAAUGCUCACCCUACAGAACGAUCCUCCCACCCUGGAGACGGGCGUCGAGGACAAGGAGCUGCUGAAAAAAUACGGCAAAUCAUUUAGGAAGCUAAUAACUAUGUGCCUUCAGAAGGAUCCUGCCAAGAGGCCUGCAGCCGCAGAGCUUUUGAAGUGCAAAUUCUUCCAAAAGGCCAAGAACAAAGAAUAUCUGGUCGAAAAGCUUUUGUGUCGCGCACCAAAGAUUUCCCAGCGAGCGAAGAAGGUGAGGAGGGUCCCGGGCUCCAGCGGCCACCUGCACAAAACGGAAGACGGGGACUGGGAGUGGAGCGACGACGAGCUGGACGAGGGCAGCGAGGAGGGCAAGGCGGCGGUGAACCAGGGCAGGUCACGAAGGGUCAGAGAUGAGGCCAAAGAUAAUGAGGAGAAUGCCAACAAUGUCCCUAUUGAAGGCUUGUCUAUUCAGCAUCCCCAGGUUGAGCCGUAUGAGGAUGCGCCCCUCAUCCCAGGCGCCGUCAACAUGGUCCUGCGGCUGAGGAACUCCAAAAAAGAGCUGAAUGACAUCCGGUUUGAAUUCACUCCUGGGCGAGACACCGCCGACGGCGUUUCCCAGGAGCUGUUCUCCGCCGGUCUGGUCAGCGGCCACGAUGUCGUCGUCGUUGCUGCGAACCUUCAGAAGAUUGUAGACGACCCAAUCACCUACAAAGUGUUGACCUUCAAGCUGGCCUCCGGCUGCGAUGAAUCGGAGAUCCCGGACGAGGUGAAGCUGAUCGGCUUCGCCCAGCUGAGCGUCAGCUGAUGUCCUCUUCACUCCCGCAGCAGGUGAGACGGGGGCGUCAGUUCAGGGCAGACACACUGAGGAGCACACCUCCACCUCCUGCAAUACCCCCCCCACCACUGCCCCCCUCCCCCAACUGCCCCUCCGCCCACCCCCUGCUCCUCCCCUUCCACCCUCCUGGAGGCUGAGCCCUGCCACCGCCCUGACCUGCACCUCCGUAGUGCCGACCCCCCCCCCGCUCACUGCCCCCCCCCCCCCCCACCACCACCACCACCACCACGACCCCCGACCCUUAACUUUAAUGACAUUCCACCGCCCAGCGCACAGACCAGGAUCCAGAGACUCCCUGGAGCCUAAAAGACGUACUCAGGUGGAGACAGAGGGUGUUCUAACAUGUAGCUGCGAAUGUUUUUAUUUAUUUAUUUCUUAUGUUCUUUUUUUUUUUUUUUUUUUUUUUUUUUUUUUAAUUUUACGUCACAUUACCUCUGUGUUCAGCAAAGCUCUCAUUAUUAUUUAUUGGAACGAGAAGGUAUUUUCUUUUCUCCUGUUUUUUUUUUUCCCCUCUCACGCUGUUUUGUUGCCACAAUGAAAACACACUUGCUUUGACUCGCGUCUCACGAAGCCACUCGUCUGGGACGUUUCCCCGAAGCUCUGUGUCACAACCUAAGAUUUAGUUCAUUUCUGGGGGGAAAAAAAAUUUGAAAAAAGCACAUUUUCAUAAUAACAUAAUGAAUGUCGAGGAGGAGAAUGAACUGUUUCCGUGUCGAGACCCGUUUCACAUGAACAACAAUAGAACCGUUUGCUUGAGUGUGCAGAGUAAAAAAAAAACAAAAAAAACAAAAAACUCGAGACCUGGAUGCUACUGUGUAUAAUUUGCUGCUCUCGACAGUGUUACUGCUUCUAAAAUGCUAGAGGUGCCUUGUUCAUUUUUCUGUGCCUAAGAAAGUAAUCAAAGAGUUGAGACGACCACACCGAGCGCACAGCCUGCUGAUCGCCAUUUCACCCACGUAUUACUCCAGCGAAGCCACAAUUCCAGUGAAGUGAGUUUAACUUGACAAGGCGGGCUGAAAAAAAAAAAUUGCACUUUUGGGCUGAGUGUGUGCCCCUCCUCCUCCAACCCCCCCCCCCCCCCCCCUCCUCCACCCGUAACCCCACCCUCACCCCCCGACAAGCGAAUGCUCCGCCCAUGAAGACAUGUUAAUGUAUACGUGCGUUACGUAACCGAGCCCCGCAGCGGCAGUUAUUUGACGCCGGGCUCGUCCGCAGGACCACGACACUUUGAUUUCCAAGCUCUGUCUUGCUGCACUACAAAAAAAAAAAAAACAACUUUACGUUCCCAAAUAUGUAGUAGCUCCAUAAACGAUGUACUGUACGACGGCAACAACGCAUCCCAGAACGAAACCAAACGGCAACUACUGAAAGGGUGACGAGCCAUUUGUUUGUCCAAAAUAAAAAAUAAAAAAUAAAAAAGAAGUCCAGUAGCGCAAAAUUAUUUUAGGUAUUGAGGUGGUAAAUAAAUAUUAACUUCUUCUAAAUUCUUUAUUUUAUGAAGUAAUUUAUUGUGUUUUCUAUGUACAGUAUGUGAACCAUUUCAGCGUAUUAUUCCUGUUUCCUCUCUGUAAUCAGCUGAUGUCAAAUUUCUGAAGAGGAGCA